UUUAUUUUGUUCAAGUUCCAUGUUAGAGAAAUUUGUUGUAAUUGAUUGGUUUUCCUCGGCUCUGAUUGUUUUUAUAUGACUCAGGUGCUCUGCAGUUGUUCAAACACCUGGUUAUUGGCUUCUUCUUAGACUUUGGGGAUUUUCUUGGUAAUAUUUUUCUCCCUUUCAUCUGUGUUUUUGUUCUGGCAUUUGGCACACGUCCUUUCAUCUGCUGAUGUACGUUUCAAUAAUCAAUCCCUAGCUUUUUUUAGCUUCAUGUUUGGAUUCACCUGCUGAGCCUAGGUCUAUUCCUUCAUCUUCGAUGUACCCCACGCUUGAUGUCAGUGACAGGAUCUUGGCUGAGAAGUUACACCGAGCUGGAGAUUGUUAUCCCUGAUAAUGGGGUUAUUGGUUUGCAUUCUGAGAAUUUGGAGAUUGAGAGAGUUUUGGUAGAUGGGGAGCCAGCAGAGUUUGAUGUUUUCCCUCAUUAUCAACCCGUUGAAAUUGAGAACAGGUGGUGUUCCAUGUCUUCUGUGAGUUCUGCUGCAGAUGCUGCUGGCGUGACUUACAUAUUAGCAGUGGAAAGAGAAAUAGUUUCGAACCUGCUAAUCCUUAGCCGUAAGUCAAUCGACACAGGAAACCAACAGCAGGGACAACUAACCCUGGAAAAUGGGGUCCAAUCAAACAGCAAAGUGAAGCAGGUUUUAUUUAUAUCUUGUGCUUUAGAUGAGUUUUUCUAUGUCAACUUUCCCUUAUGUACUGGAUUCUUAAUGUCUUAUUUUAUUGGAGAUUUACUAUCUUUAUUUGUUGCUAGUACCUCCCUUGGUGUCAUAAUUGAAUUGGUUUGUGCAUAUGUAACAAAAAAUUGCACAGAAAAUAUUGGGUGUCCUGUACUCUAUCCCAGAUAA